CGAGCGGAGAAGUCAAGCGACACUCGAAGCGAUUUAGCGAACACUCAAGUUUCUUACGCUCAGCAGAGCGGACGUGUAGCGCGGCAUAACGAUUAUAUUUUUACCAAACUCAAGCUCCAAGCUCCUACGUGCAAAGCCUGCUAGCCAGGAAAAUAAUUGAUAAAUAUCCACACACACACUUACACUAACGCACUAGCGAACAGUUCUUUUUCGCCAUCACUUGGGUUUAUUGUGAUUUUUUUCUGCUGCGUUUUCAAAACUCCUUGCGAAACUUACAAGUCGCAGUCGGUCUAAACAAGAUUAACUACUUCUUUUUUUCUGUUUUGCUUGGUAUUCUGUGUUUAGUGCAAGUGGGUUUCCUUAUAUUUUAGUGUAUAUUGCAGAAUUUCAUGUGAUCUGGCAACGUGUUUUCCUUGCAGUUCGCUUGCAAUAAGAACUAAUUAAUAAUUCCAACGCGAAAACUCAAAUAAACGAAUGAACCGAAUUUUUGAAUUCUCAACAAAAUAAUAAUUUGUGUAAUUAAAAUUAAAAUUAACUGUGAAAAUGGUGAAUAACAACAACACUUCGAAAGCCAGUGGCAGCGGCGCCAAUGGCCAUGUGCCCAACGGACAAUUAGCAACUGCGAGCGCGCCGCCGGCGAUGUCCUUUCUAAGCAGCGUUUGGAGCUGGGCGGAUGCCAUAUGGGACUUCUUAUGGUUCAUCAUAUGCUCAAUCGGCUAUAUUAUCCAGGACCUCUACUACAUUGCAUUGGGUUACCCCGAAAAGGAAUUGAACACAGAUAUCGCACUAAUAACAGGCGGAGGUAAUGGACUCGGCCGAUUGCUCGCGCAACGCUUGGGCAAAAUGGGCACUAAAGUGGUCAUUUGGGACAUAAGUAAAGAAGGUAUCAAGGAGACCAUCGAAAUGGUCGAAGCGGAGGGCGGCUACUGCAAGGGCUAUGUUGUGGACAUUUCCAAAAAGGAGGAAGUGUACAAGGCAGCAGAAGUCAUCAGAAAUGAAAUUGGCGAUGUAUCUUUGUUGAUCAACAAUGCUGGUGUUGUGUCUGGUCGUCUUCUCUUGGAUACACCUGAUCACCUCAUUGAGCGUUCGUUCAAUGUUAAUGUCAUGGCGCAUUUCUGGACCACCAAAGCAUUCCUACCCAAAAUGAUCGAGCAUCAACGCGGACACAUUGCAACCAUAGCUUCUCUGGCCGGUCACGUGGGCAUUACCAAACUGGUCGACUAUUGUGCUAGCAAAUUUGCGGCGGUUGGCUUUGACGAAGCAUUGCGUUUGGAAUUGGACGUCCUCGGCCAUAGUAAUAUUCAGACCACCUGCAUUUGCCCGUUCUUCAUUCAGGCAACCGGCAUGUUUGACGAUGUUAACGCCAGAUGGGUGCCCACUUUGAACCCCAACGCUGUAGCUGACCGCAUUAUAGUGGCGAUAAAGAAGAACGAAAAGAUCACAAUCAUACCCGGUUACAUCCGUCUGCUGCUCACACUUAAAUGGACCUUCCCUUGGGGCUGUGUGGGUGGUCUGCUGCGUCGUCUUGUGCCAGAUGCGGCGCCACAUGGUGUCGCUCAGAAGCCAUUACCCACAGACGUUUCCACUAAACAACAGCAACAACAUGAGCAGAGCGUCAAAGCCGCCGCCGCAGCCACCAAAGUCGCCCACACCAGCUUAAUCACGAAGCACACGACCGAUCUGUGCACGGAUUUUAGUGAAACGCUGCCGAAGACCGCCUCGUUGCUGGUGCAACGUACACCGUCGCUGGGCGAGCGUGUUCUCUGAGAUUCGCUGCUGCAAUUCGCCUUGAACUUAAUAAGCGGUUUUGGCAUUUCGUUCUAGGAUCAGUGCGCGACAGCCGCCGCACUCGUCUAGUGAUAUUACGUUUACUUAGUAUUAUGUUAUUAAUUGUAAUUAGUUUAGAUUCUAACGGCUUAGGAUACGGUUACGAGUAUAAAUGUAAGGCGCUAUGAACAAUAACUCUUAAGGUAUGGAUGAAAGCAUUGAUCCAUGAAAUACUUAUGGAUAUAUACAUACAAGUAUAUAUACUAGUGGAUCCGGAUGCUGUGGUAUACAUUUUAUACUAUUAUUCAUAUAAUAAACUAUUCAAUACAGUGAAAAUUUUAUUUUCGAAUAAAUACGAAAACGUUUUUGUGAGGUCUAAGGUCUUGAGGUCUAAUUUUCGAAUAGUUAAAAAAAGGACCUUUACCGAAAGAAGCAAUCUUGAUUAAGUUUUCCAGAACUUAACUGAUAAUUGGGUGCUAACCAUACAUUGAGAAAAAGGCCCUAAAUACUAGGCAUUUUACUGAAAAAAAUACAGUUGAACUUUCCAAUUCGAUUUACCAUAAUCCACAAAAAACUUCGAGUUAAUGUUACUUCGGGUUAAGGCUGGAUAUUCUAUGAAAUUUUACUUCUAUUGCCGUUUAAAGAGUUCGAGUUUCGGAGUACUUCGAGCUAUGGAAGUUCAAGUUAUGGAAGUUCAACUGUGUUACAUUUUUUUUUCUUGAGGAUUGUGAAUAUGAAUAUAUGCGUUUAGAAAUAUAUGCAGUGAAAUCUCUCAUAAGCAGACACUUACGAUCGAUUUGGGCUAUCCUAUCUUCUAAGUUGAUUCAAACUGGAUAUAGUGUGCUAAAUUUUGCUGAAAUCGGUUCAGUAGUUUAGGAAUCCAACGCGGACAAAGAAAGUAAUUUUUAUAUACAAAGAUAUACUCGUAGGUAGGUACGUACUUAUAUAAUAUAUACAGUUGCAAAUGUAGAUAUAUAUUUAGCGUUCGAAAGUGUAAUAUAGCCGAAACAAUCAAUCGAAUAAAUAUAUAAAUUUACUCUGAAGCUUUCA